GCCGCCUCUGCCGCCGCUGCUCCGAGCCGCCCGCAGCCGCCGCCGGCGGGGCCGCGCUCCAUGGCGACCCCCAGCCCCUGCAUCGUGAUUGGUGAUGAUGAACAAGGCUACGACCUGGAUUUGUUCUGCAUACCUAAACAUUAUGCAGAUGAUUUGGAAAAAGUCUAUAUUCCUCAUGGGCUCAUCAUGGACAGGACGGAGAGACUGGCACGAGAAAUUAUGAAGGGCAUGGGAGGACACCACAUUGUGGCACUCUGUGUACUGAAGGGUGGCUAUAAAUUUUUUGCUGAUUUGUUAGACUACAUCAAAGCCCUGAACAGAAACAGUGACAAAUCAAUCCCCAUGACUGUCGACUUCAUUAGGUUGAAGAGUUACUGUAAUGAUCAGUCAACUGGAGAUAUCAAAGUCAUUGGGGGAGAUGACCUCUCAACCUUGACUGGAAAGAAUGUUUUGAUUGUAGAAGAUAUAAUUGAUACUGGUAAAACAAUGAAAACGUUGCUGUCUCUACUUAAGCAGUACAAUCCAAAGAUGGUGAAAGUAGCCAGUUGUACAUUGGUUUUAUUUGACAGUUUGUUGGUAAAAAGAACUCCUCGAAGUGUUGGAUAUCGACCAGACUUUGUUGGAUUUGAAGUGCCAGACAAGUUUGUUGUGGGAUACGCCCUAGAUUACAAUGAAUACUUUAGAGAUUUGAACCAUAUCUGUGUGAUCAGCGAGACAGGGAAGCAGAAGUACAAAGCAUGAAAGCAGAGUUCAAGUGCUGUGACAACAAAGCUUUGAAAUGUUUUGUUUACUGAGUCCUAUCUUUCACAGGCUUCAGCUCUGGUACACCAGCUACACUUGUAGAAUGCCCCAGCCCCAUUGCUAUAUGCUUACUAUAAUUUAUUGCAUGUACAAUAUAAGAGCUCGUCUUGUUCAUUUAUAUUUUAGAAAUGUAAACAACUAGUGCAGUUCUGCACUCCUUAUUUUGAUUUGCACUAUGACUCUACCGACUAUCGCUGCCCCUGGUUGGGUUGUGCUGUUUGUGAGCUCCAGAGUCUAACUCUUGCAGUGGUAAAUUGCUUAAACCUCAUCAACCCAGAACUGAAAUAGUUCAAGUACUGUAAAUGUAAAACAUUUUAUGAUAGGGAAGUCUAUUAGUAAUAUUUUUAAAAUCUGUAAUUUAAGUUUUAUAUUUUAAUGCACAGAUGUGAUUGUGAUUAAUGGAUAGUUGCACCUUUGGGUGUUAUAAAGCAUGAGGAACAGCCAGUUACAGUAUCUGUAAUCUCCAAGGAGCUCAUUCAGAUCUCCAGGAGUUGCCUUAUUGCUGUAAAGGAAGUCUGCGUGGAAAAAAUGUCUUUUUCCUUUUUUUCUUUUUUUUUUAAGAUGGAAUGACAAAACAGAAUGUUUAAAAUCUAGUUUUAGUUGAGCUGCCUAUUUCUGUUAGAUUUUUUUUUCUUUAAAAAUAUCCAUCAGUCUGUGGAAUUGCCUUUUAAAUUUAAACAAUUUUAAUAUAUUUGUGGAAAAAAAGUAUUGUAAUGUUUACUUUACAAGAUCUACAAAGCAAAGUUCUUUAAAUAAAGGCUGUCUCUUUAAAAUAAGCCCCACACAUCUAUCCCACUCAUUCUGUAUAUUAAAGUGCUCUUGAAAUUUCCUUCUCAGUAAUAUUGCCCAUAAGUGUUUGUGACAGUGGAGGCAGACUCUACAUUUGUUACCUUUGUAGAGCUUCUGGUUAACAUAAUCCUGUCUAUGACAGAGAUGAUAAAGUGCUGAGGGAAGAUAUUGAAACAGUUUUAUAUUUUCUAACCAAACUAGAUUUCAGAGAAUAUGGUUUAAGCACCGAUCUUUGUUCUGUCUUGGCAAAAAUGAAGAGUAGAGGUUCCAUGUUCAUUAAAUAUAUCCACGUGG